UCUGCAAAAGAACUUGUAACUUGGUAAACGUCGUUGGUAAAAAGGGACUUACAGGUAGAAUUUUCUUUUUGCGAUUAUAGCUGUUCCAGUUUGCAAGUUUUUAACACUUUGUUAUUGUGUUCAUAGUAAGAUACCUGGUACGCAACGAUAAUGUUCAAUUAUAUGACUUGCCUGAUCCUGCUCAUUUUCCAGCACAACGUGUUCGCCCAGUUUGCGGGAGAUAUUUACUAUAGUAUGAUGCAGGAAUAUUUCGUAAACAAAACUAGUUUUGCAAGUCUUGCACCCGAACUCGCUGCAGUCUUUGAGGGAGCACUUACUACGGAAACGACCCCAACAACAACAACAACAACAACGACGACGACAACACCAACGACAACGCCGUGCCCGACGUGCCACAUUUCUGGAAGACAAUACUGCGAAUUUUGGUACACAUACGAUCAUCCUUGCUAUGACGAUCCCUUCAUGGUUUUGAAGGAACGAGAGGACCUCGACUGCGUUGAGAGGCAUGUUCGUGGAGGCGCGCGCGUUAUGGACCCCUUGAGCAAAGUUUCAUGGGCGACUGAUAGGGACCAUCUGGGAUUGUGGUAUCAUAUCCCAGUAAUGAAAGCGGCAACCUAUGACGAAAACCACGAAAAGUUGUAUAAUUGCUCCGUCAUGAAUGGAAUAGCGAAGCGCGAUUACUGGUGGUUGGCCUGCGAAUCUCAGUGCUACAAGGAGGUCGCCUUCUUCCAGGAUGGACGAGCCAAGCUACCGAAGACCCACUGACCACCGCUGCAUUUACGUGCACGAUGCAGAUUCGCUUUUUCAUCCUGUUAGGGAUAUUCAUCGAUACCGGCUGUUUUGUUUGUAAUUGUAAUCAUUUACGCUUGAACAUAAAAAAUUAUCUUGAAGAAGUGCAUGUACGGUAGUUUCUGUUUAUUUCGUUGUGCGUUGUUGGCGAAAAAUACGAGGAGCAUUAG